GCUGGAGUCAUAGGUGAGGGCAUAAUGAGCAUGAAAUCUCAGCUCAGUAACUUUUUUAUCUGAUAAAUGGAGGGAAAUUGAAAUGCAUUUCUUCUCCAUAUUCCACUAGUACUGGAUCCCUGCCAAGGAGACGUAUGCAUUGAGAACAUAAUUAUUUAGGAUUAAAAGCCGUCACUCGCUGUGAAUGUGUGUUUGAGUGAGAACGUACAGAGCAAUAACUGAGCCCUGGUCAGACAGUCAGCGUUGCUCUGCACAGCGGCACAAAGGUGCAUCUCAACCCUCGAGACGGGGACCGAACAUCAGGUGAUAACGUGGUGUGAAGGUUAUUGAUCUGAUCGGAUACAAAUCGCCAUGGAGCUGCAUCUGAUCGCCACGGCCUGUCUCCUCUUUGCCAGGAUAAUGAUAACGCACCAAACUCACAUGAACUCAGUGUCUACGUUUCUGUUCACUCCACGCGGGCCCCAGAUGUUUCCAUGUCUAACUUACCUGGAGCGAAACGUCAGGGUGGACUGUGAGUUUCCACCCACCUACCAGAUCCCUGGCCCCUACUGUGAGUAUCGGCAGGACAGCCGGCUGGUGGGAAGCACCUACCCCAACGCCGUCAUCUACGUGUCCACUGAGGACCGCAGAAGGAGCAAUGUCAGCCUGGUCACUCCCACUCUGUGCCGCCUCACCUGGGCCCCGCUGGCUGAUGAAAAGCCUUACACCUACACCUGCAGAGUUUACCAGGGCAGCAGCUGGAAAGAGAACAGCAUGGCUGUGCAUCACAGGAUCCUGCCAAUCUGCUCUGCAAUCAGUGUCAUGUUCAAAUCUGCACCAUGGCUUUUGUCACUGGUGAUGUCACUUCCUGUGGCUGUGGGUCUUCUGAGUCCGUGAACUCUCAUUUUCACGGCAUAAAAACUCAGUGGACAUUUUACAUGAUUUUUGACUCACGCUGGUUUGAUGGUUGGUGGUUGAAACCAAGUGGGAAGAUUUUUUUUUCUAUUAUUUUAUUUUUUAGGCAGAGAGUAGAAGCCAUGAAAACACCACUAAAUAAAUAAGACUGAAUAAAAACAACCUCUAAUUUAGCACUGGACAACUGUGUAAAAAUGUAUCUGGUGUGAAAGGUUUUAUGUAAAAAAAAAAAACUCAUUCUAACCACUGUACCUUGAACACCAUUGUUUGGUAAUGCUAUCAAAAGGAGAGCGAAAUCAUGGUGAUUACAGUGUAAGCAAAUGCAACAGUGAAUAAUAUUAUUUUCUAUUAUAAUGGCUACUAAAAAAAAGCAGAUUACAGACAAUCUUUUGAGCUGUUGUCUCGAUCAGGGCUCCCUUGUAAAUAAGAUGCAUUGGGACCUACCGGUAUCUGUAUUCAAACAAUCAUUUCGUUAAUGGUCAAAUAAAUAUUAAUUUUGUGUAUUUUUUUUUAAACAGAUUCUUCCUAUAGAUUUAUAUUGCAGCUUACUGCUGUCCUGAACAUAAAUGGGUUUGAUUAUACUGUAUAUACUGACAUUAAAACACUUAGAUCUGGUGCUCCUGCAACAUACAGUUGUAUAUGAAAGAGUGGAGAGCCCUUGGAUUGGAUGUAUUGUGCUACAGAUAGAGAGUGAAAACAUUAGAGCUUUUUGUCUGUCAGUUCUGCCCCUAAUUGUGUUAAGUUAAAAGUCUCACCACUUUGCUCAGCUAUACUUACAGUACUGUAUGUAACCUAGAUAAGUAUUCAGAUGGAUGUUAUGGCUUUUGAAAAAUAGUAAUGAAUAACUGCUCAAACACUGCCUUUCCUGCUAGCAAUGCUAACCUCAGACACCUCCAGUACCUUUAAAAAGCAUUAAGAAGUCAUCUGUACACUGGACCCCUAUGUGAGGUUCACCUGGUUAUAAAACAGCAGCUCAAAUAAAACCAGAUUUUCCCCCUCAGACAGCAAUAAGACAAAUCCUUAACAUGAUUGGGGUGAUGAUACUUUACUUGAAGACCCUUGGAACCAGACUCUCAUGUCAGUGCAUGACAUUUCACUCAGUGCUUCGUUGCUAAUCUGCCCAACAGCCUAAAAACACAUGUAGACGUAGCGUCGCUGUUUUAACUGUUUGCAGACGAGGUGGAGGUCUUAGCUCUGCAGCCUUGCAGUCAGAGUCAUACUGCAGCUGAGUGAGUAACACAUUUCCUAUGCAGUUCAAGUAAUAACUGAUGGACAGACAAUGCCAAGAUAGUAUAUGGUUAGAAGAAGAGACAGUGGAACUGUAAUGUUUUACACAGCAAAUAUUCGCUUUAAUAAUACUGGCGUUUAAAUAAGACAAUGCUCUCUUCCUGUACGCAUGUGUUAAUGUACACAGUAUGUCUGUAGUAUUAAAAAAUAUUCAAGCUUUAUGUGAUUUUUCAACGCUGCUUCCAUUUUAAUAUUUUAUGUUUAGUGUACACACCUUUCACAUUUAGAGCCUUUGUAUGCUCUCUAUGCUGCUUACUUCAUUUUUUUUACUUUGAUGUCACAUUCAGAAGUAUAAUUGUGUUCACACUAUGUUUCUAUUUUAUGUUGCCAUCAUUUUCUGAUGCUAUGCUGCUCAGUAUUAUUUGCGCAAUACUUCUUGUAAUAAAGAUGUCCUUAUAUUUUUCAAAUACACAAGUCAGCUCAUUUUGUUUAUUUUACUCUAAAUUCAAGAGCAAAACUAUAGUAACAAAUAAAGGUUAUGCACAAUAAAGGUU